AUGAAUGACAUCACUGAGCAGAAUGUUAUGAACGACAUCACUGAGCAGAAUAAUAUAAACGACAUCACUGAGCAGAAUGUUAUGAAUGACAUCACUGAACAGAGUGUUAUGAAUGACAUCACUGAGCAGAAUGUUAUGAACGACAUCACUGAGCAGAAUGUUAUGAACGACAUCACUGAACAGAAUGUUAUGAAUGACAUCACUGAGCAGAAUGUUAUGAAUGACAUCACUGAACAGAGUGUUAUGAAUGACAUCACUGAACAGAAUGUUAUGAACGACAUCACUGAGCAGAAUGUUAUGAACGACAUCACUGAGCAGAAUGUUAUGAACGACAUCACUGAGCAGAAUUAUAUAAAUGACAUCACUGAGCAGAAUGUUAUGAACAACAUCACUGAGCAGAAUGUUAUGAACGACAUCACUGAGCAGAAUUAUAUAAACAACAUCACUGAGCAGAAUGUUAUGAACAACAUCACUGAGCAGAAUGUUAUGAACGACAUCACUGAGCAGAAUAAUAUAAACGACAUCACUAAGCAGUAUGUUAUGAACGACAUCACUGAGCAGAAUAAUAUAAACAACAUCACUGAGCAGAGUGUUAUGAAUGACAUCACUGAGCAGAGUGUUAUGAAUGACAUCACUGAGCAGAGUGUUAUGAAUGACAUCACUGAGCAGAAUGUUAUGAAUGACAUCACUGAGCAGAAUGAUAUGAACAACAUCACUGAUCAGAAUGUUAUGAACAACAUCACUGAGCAGAAUGUUAUGAACGACAUCACUGAGCAGAAUAAUAUAAACGACAUCACUGAGCAGAAUGUUAUGAAUGACAUCACUGAGCAGAGUGUUAUGAAUGACGUCACUGAGCAGAAUGUUAUGAAUGACAUCACUGAGCAGAAUGUUAUGAACGACAUCACUGAGCAGAAUUAUAUAAACGACAUCACUGAGCAGAAUGUUAUGAAUGACAUCACUGAGCAGAGUGUUAUGAAUGACAUCACUGAGCAGAAUGUUAUGAACGACAUCACUGAGCAGAAUGUUAUGAACGACAUCACUGAGCAGAAUGUUAUGAAUGACAUCACUGAGCAGAAUGUUAUGAACAACAUCACUGAGCAGAAUGAUAUUAACAACAUCACUGAGCAGAAUGUUAUGAACAACAUCACUGAGCAGAAAGAUAGGAACAACAUCACUGAUCAGAAAGAUAGGAACAAUAUCACUGAGCAGAAAGAUAUGAACAACAUCACUGAGCAGAAUGAUAUGAACAACAUCACUGAGCAGAAUAAUAUAAACGACAUCACUAAGCAGUAUGUUGUGAACGACAUCACUGAGCAGAAUAAUAUAAACAACAUCACUGAGCAGAGUGUUAUGAAUGACAUCACUGAGCAGAGUGUUAUGAAUGACAUCACUGAGCAGAGUGUUAUGAAUGACAUCACUGAGCAGAAUGUUAUGAAUGACAUCACUGAGCAGAAUGAUAUUAACAACAUCACUGAGCAGAAUGUUAUGAACAACAUCACUGAGCAGAAUGUUAUGAACGACAUCACUGAGCAGAAUAAUAUAAACGACAUCACUGAGCAGAAUGUUAUGAAUGACAUCACUGAGCAGAGUGUUAUGAAUGACGUCACUGAGCAGAAUGUUAUGAAUGACAUCACUGAGCAGAAUGUUAUGAACGACAUCACUGAGCAGAAUUAUAUAAACGACAUCACUGAGCAGAAUGUUAUGAAUGACAUCACUGAGCAGAGUGUUAUGAAUGACAUCACUGAGCAGAAUGUUAUGAACGACAUCACUGAGCAGAAUGUUAUGAACGACAUCACUGAGCAGAAUGUUAUGAAUGACAUCACUGAGCAGAAUGUUAUGAAUGACAUCACUGAGCAGAAUGAUAUUAACAACAUCACUGAGCAGAAUGUUAUGAACAACAUCACUGAGCAGAAAGAUAGGAACAACAUCACUGAUCAGAAAGAUAGGAACAAUAUCACUGAGCAGAAAGAUAUGAACAACAUCACUGAGCAGAAUGAUAUGAACAACAUCACUGAGCAGAAUGAUAUGAACAACAUCACUGAGCAGAAAGAUAGGAACAACAUCACUGAGCAGAAUGAUAUAAAUGACAUCACAGCAGAAUGUUAUGAAUGA